CGAUUGCAAACAGUCUGGAUAGUCAAACAUUUUUUCUACUUUUCUAUAAAUAAAAUAUAUUUGCAAUUCCUUGUUAAUUGUAGCUAAUUGAAAAUAAUGGAAAAUAUUUUUGGAAGCAAUGGAAGAAAGAAAAAUUUUAGCAUUUCUCAUUCGGGUCGAUUUAAAAAUCGUGUUAAGAAACGAAUAUCGAUAACUGAACAAAUUUGGAUUGAACCAAACGAAAAUACAGAGAGAAGCAAGGCGUCGUCAGAAGUACAGAAAAGCGUUACAGAGGCAAAAAACGACGAAAAUAAAUGUCAUGGGCUUUCUACGAAUGUUUAUAAUAACGAUAAGAAGCUCUCAAAUGAUAAAUAUAUUCGCGAAACUGUUAACAGCAAAAAGUAAAUCCGCACUUAAAAAAGUGCCGAAUGUGCAAUUUAAGAUUUCAAGUGUUGGGUUUAUUUACAAAAUGAUGUCAGCAGUUGAAAGAUUAAACGAAUUAAAAAAUAUAUUUAAUUAAUUUCUAGUGUUAAAUAAAGUGUAAAUAGUUUAAGGAAAACUUAUGGAUGACUGAGUUGUUGUUGAUUGAUAUGAAAGUCUUCAAAAUGAACAAAUAUUUAAUAUAAGGAAUCAAAUCUUGAUGUGAUAAUAGUAGAAAAUCUUCCUGACAAUAUAGAUAAGUAUUCAGAACGAAAGAAAUCAUUCAACACAUUAAUAAGUGCAAUCACGUCGUAGCCUGAAAUUAAAUUGAACCACUUGAUAGCUUCCGAUGAUAAUAAAACACAAAUUAUUUUGUUUUUUUUACAAUAUUUGUUGUUUGUAAAAAACUGUGAGGAUUUAUCUUUCUCUUUAUUAGUCGAUUAGUUAUUUAGUUUCAAUAAGAUUCAAAAGAGUUUCUUUUGCAUUAAAAGAAGUUAAUAAAGUAGGAUUGUAUAAUUAUUAAACAUAAUUAAUAAAUAAAUGAAUACUGAGUAGUUUAAUUACUUUCUGUUGACUUCAUAGAUGCUUCAUAGAAAGUCAUCAUCUGUCAGUCUAUUCUACAAUUAUCAUUUAUUUUAGUUGGUUAAUGAUUUUCAUAACACUGUCAGUUCUUCAUGUGUUUUUCUUGAUGAUUUUGGAAUAUUUUUUAUGGUUUAUUAAUGACGAUAAUCAUGCUUUGCUUUCGAAAUGAAGAAUGUUCAAGUUCCUGUGAGAUUUGAAUUCUUCAUUUGAUUGUAGAUUGUAUGGGAAUAAAAUUUAAAUAUUUUAAUAGCUAAAGAGAUUUUUAGGGUGAGAUAAUAGUUUGAUUGCUUUGCGGUAGUCUUUGUCGUGAAAUUUUCCUUUUUAUGAAAAUGGUUUGGUGGGAGGAAAUUUCUAGAAUGAUAUGCAUUAAAGUUCAACAUUCAGCUUUCAACGGAUUUUUGAAGUUCAACAGCUAAACGUCGUAAAUCCUCUGAUACGAUACAGAAAAUUAAUAUUUUAAUAAGCGAGAUAAAAAUGAAGGAAGACACAUUUCAAAGCUCUUUUGAAUGUUACUUUUAUGUUCGCUUUGUACCAAUCGUUUUAUAUUACAAUUUGAGCAUUAAGGGAGGUCGGAGUUCUUAUUUACAUUCACGGUGUUUAUUUUACAACAUUUUAAUAUGUUUGUUUACCUUGCUUUGAGUUUAUGUAAUACCUGAGUGGGCCUUUGAACAAGAAAAUCACCCCCAGAUAUCAUUAAUCAUGUAAAAAAUUAGAAAACUUUUAGAACUUCAGUAAAGUAAAGAAAAAGUUUUUUUUUCGGUUAAACAUCAAUAUUUGGCACAUAAUGAACGAGCUUACUACGAUUCUUGUUAGAAACUCAAAUGGAGCAAAAGGUAAAUAAAUAAACAAUAAACUUU